GGCAGCCCGGCGGCCCAGCUAGAAGCGGCUCAGGGAGAAGCGAGACUAUCCUGUAUCCCACGCCAGCCAGGCUGAAGGGCGGGAGAAGGCCCGGAGUCGAAAUCCAAAAGCAACUCAACUCCUCCCAACCGACAGCCAACUUUCAGUGGGGAUGGCGGGGCCAGAGCUGUUGCUGGACUCCAACAUCCGGCUCUGGGUGGUGCUGCCAAUCGUAAUCAUCACUUUCUUCGUGGGCAUGAUUCGCCACUAUGUGUCUAUCCUGCUUCAGAGCGACAAGAAGCUCACCCAGGAACAAGUGUCUGACAGUCAAGUCCUAAUUCGAAGCAGAGUCCUCAGGGAAAAUGGAAAAUACAUUCCCAAACAGUCUUUCUUGACACGAAAAUAUUAUUUCAAUAACCCAGAGGAUGGAUUUUUCAAAAAAACCAAAAGGAAGGUUGUGCCUCCUUCUCCUAUGACUGAUCCCACUAUGCUCACAGACAUGAUGAAAGGGAACGUAACGAACGUCCUCCCUAUGAUUCUCAUUGGUGGAUGGAUCAACAUGACAUUUUCAGGCUUUGUCACAACCAAGGUUCCAUUUCCACUGACACUCCGUUUUAAGCCUAUGCUACAGCAAGGAAUAGAACUACUCACAUUAGAUGCAUCCUGGGUGAGUUCUGCAUCCUGGUACUUCCUCAAUGUAUUUGGGCUUCGGAGCAUUUACUCUCUAAUUCUGGGCCAAGAUAAUGCUGCCGACCAGUCACGGGUGAUGCAGGAGCAGAUGACAGGAGCAGCCAUGGCCAUGCCUGCAGACACCAACAAAGCUUUCAAGACAGAGUGGGAAGCUUUGGAGCUGACAGAUCACCAGUGGGCACUAGAAGAUGUUGAAGAAGAGCUCAUGGCCCAGGACCUGCACUUGGAAGGCAUGUUCAAAAAGGAACUUCAGACCUCUAUCUUUUGAGUGCUGAGCAGGGAUUAGCGGUGUCAGAACUUGAGUAGCGCUUAACCUUGUAACUUUUGCUGGAGCCGGAGCCUCUGAGAAUAAAAAGGAGGGUGCAAGGGCUGGCGGGCGUGCAGCAAGGCUCGUUCUUGUCUGAGCUGGGUGCCCCUUACUGUUGGAAACUAAAGGAAAGAGGAGUGUGCUGGCUGACGUGCUGCCUAAAGUGUUGUGUGCUCACAUUCUAGUCAAAAAGGGGGAAACUCAAGCUAUGGUAAUAGAUCAAAACUUAGCAAACACUCAGUCUGAAAGAAGCAUUGUCAGUUAUAAUUAGUUAUUAUCAUGUUUGUCAGCCUGACUUCUAACCACAGUAAACUCCUGUUUGCUUAGGAUCCCAACACCCUGCAUUUUAUCUUUAAUUUCUUGUUAGUCUUUUUAAACUUUCUUUACAGAAGUAAUACAUUUUUGCUGCUGAAAACUUAGAAACGAUGGAUGAACAACACAUCUCCCUAUACUGUUCAUUUUGAACCUACAGAAUGACAAAGAGCCAGUAUAUACCAACCUUACUGAAAUAAACUCUUCAGAGUGAAUACCCAGGGCCAGGACAGAGUCAGCAAACCUUUCAUAUCUCUUGCUAUUGUCCAUUGAAAAUCGGUGACCCUGAGGCACUGCCAGACUUUCAAGUGUCUUUGGGAUCAUCAGAGACAGGUGACAUACUACAAGUUCUUUAUCUGAACUUCAGAAAAUAUCAAAUCCAUUGGCCAAUCAAUGGUGCUGUACUGUAAGUGGCUAUUCACUUGAACAAAUGGCCUCAUUUCCCAGUUCCUCUGGAUAGGAGAGAGUUUACAUAUCACUGUAAGAGGGAGAGAGGGCAGCUGCUGGGAGAUACAUAGAUCAGGGUGUCCAAGAGGACUCUGUCUAGAUGAGCAACCCCAGGGAAGUGGCAGGGUGCCAUUUCUGUACCAAGAAGUGAAUGUAAUUUGCAUGUUGAGCACUGUAAUCAAAAACAAGCAACUCUUGACUCUACUAAUUAAACAAUCCUGUUUUCUCUUCUUUA